CGUCAGUCGAUUGUCAACAUUCAGUACGAUCAGACUCAUUAGGUUAAUUUUAGUUACAAAGAUAUUUAGUUUUAUUUUCCAAAAGUACAAUAUACAAAAUUUCCUGAACAAAAUGACUACGUUUAAACAAGUUCCUCUCACAUGUGGUGGCCAUACAAGACCAGUCGUGCAUUUGGAUUUUAGUGACGUUACAAAAGAUGGAUUUUAUUUGAUUUCAGCUUGCAAAGAUGGCAAGCCCAUGUUGCGGCAAGGAGAAACUGGUGAUUGGAUUGGAACUUUUGAAGGUCAUAAAGGAGCCGUGUGGGGGGUAGCUUUAACACAAAAUGCUAAUUUAGCUGCCAGUGGGGCAGCUGAUUUUUCUGCAAAAUUAUGGGAUGCGCGAUAUGGCGACGUGGUUCACACAUUUGACCAUGAGCACAUAGUAAAAAGUGUGAAUUUCAAUGCAGAUGAUACACUGCUCCUGACUGCCAGUAAUGAGAAACUGAUACGUGUGUUUGACCUCAACAAACCGGAAGCUGGACCAUUGGAAAAAAUAAAUGCCCACACAAGCAGCAUCAGGCACGCUGUAUUUUUACACAAUUCGCGGAUCGUCAGUGUCAGCGAUGAUCUCACAAUGCGUGUUUGGGAUCGAACAAGUGGACAGGAGGUGCACAAAAUCGAAUUUCCGACCAUUCCGAAUAGUUUAGAAUUGUCAAGAGAUGGUGCUAUUUUGACAGUGGCACACGGAACCGACGUAUCCUUUUAUUCGUCUGACACAAUGCGUAAGAUGCGCGAGUUUCCUGUGCCUACGAAGUGUUACUCAGCGUCGCUGGCCCCAAGUCGGGCUACAUUUGUAUGUGGUGGAGAGGAUCUCAAAGUUUAUAAGUUUGAUUACAAUACAGGAACAGAACUUGAAUCAAACAAAGGACACUUCGGUCCGGUACACUGCGUGCGAUGGUCACCUGACGGUGAAUUAUAUGCAACGGGCUCCGAGGACGGCACAGUGCGUCUGUGGCAGGCUGUACCUGGCCGCGUGUACGGUCUGUGGCGCCGCUCCAGUGACCAUCCGCCUAUCGCUAACGGGUUCAAGGAGGUCGCCGCUAACUGACACGUCGCUUGUGAUGAACAGGACAAUGCAGAACAAUGUGAGUGCAAUCAAAAUUGAACACUUCGUGGUAAAACCACGGCUGCGGCUGUUGUCACCGUGAAAUGUGUCUAACAAACUUUACAAAGGGGGUAGCCAAAUCAAGACUUAAGUAUUCAACAAUUGUCAAACUGUGUUUGUGUUGUUUAUUUUUUUUGCAACACUAAUUUUUAUACUCAAAUGCAAUGUAUUUAUUGUAAAAAGGAACGAAAUAGACUUGAUAUGCAACAAAAUAAAGUGAUUUGUAAAUA